GGCUGUCCACGAAUAGUAUCGAGGUCGGAAUGGGGAGCUCGACCACCGACACAUACCAUUGGUCAUCUCCCAGCUGUACCUAAAUACGUCUUUAUCCAUCAUGGUGCCACGCCUGGUUGUACCACGGAGAGCGCCUGUAAACAGAAAGUUCGGGAAUAUCAGAACUACCAUUUGGACGGACAUCAUUGGCCUGAUAUAGGUUAUACCUUUGUUAUUGGAGAAGAUGGAAAUGUCUACGAAGCCCGAGGGUGGGAUAUUAUUGGGGCUCAUACUUACAAUUAUAAUUAUAAUGGGUUAGGU